GCCAACGACCCAGCAGAGGACGAGUUGGCACGCGGCGCGGAUCGCAGCUUAGCAGCCUUAGGUGACUUUGACAGCUACGCUGCGCUAGUUCCGAGUCUAGACAAAACUCGCGUUUUACGUGACUCUGCACGUCAUGUUGAACAUGUCCCAACGUCCUCUACGGGGCUUGCAGUAGCCUGCUCUGAUAAAGAACAAGGAGGAAUAACAGGACGGCAGUUGAUGUUGACAAGCGGAGGCAUUUCGCCGCAGGUACAAGCACAACCUCAGUUCCGAAGUAUAGUAGGGGCUCAUGGAUGGCGAAUGCUAAGACAAAAAUGCCCAGAACGAAUCAUAGAUGCACCAGAACAAGCAAAGGUGACGGGGUACUUCAGGAGCUCGUUUUUUGAGACAUGUUUUCUUGAGCUCCGCGCCCGCCCAUGGCGUGAUAACGUGUGUUGACAAUAAGUACAUGCCUCCUAUCUUUUAUGCAUGGUACUAUCAGAUACGUCUCGCAUGCCGGUCACGCUCGACGUCUCCCGUUGCAACUCCGCAGCAUUGUCGAAGUAGCAAAAGAUAAGUCGGGGAAGGCAGGCAACAAUCGUUUUGCCGAUGGCGAAGAUCAAGAUGUAUGCACAGUGUAUGUGUCGAACGUCACCACACAAAACAAGUGACCACACCACACAAAAUAAUGAAGGCAAGAUCAAGUUUGUCCAUUUCUAGUCGAUAUCUCUGGUGCAGUGAUACAUAGUUUUUUAACAACUUUCAGUGUGCUUAUCUUCAACGUUCCACAUAGACUAGCCUUCCUAGUUCAUGAAAGAAGACAAGCGUACACUGGCAAAAGCGGUUGAGGCGGAGGUUGGAGAAGGCGGAGCGGGAUAAAUGGCGAGAAUUCAAGGAGAAUGGUCGGGAACUGCGAGUCGUGUUUGACCGCAAGUUAGGACAGGAUCGCCAACUCGACCUGCACGUGCACAAAUUAGACGACGAAGGAACGACAAGUGGGGUUGCUCCGACGGGUGGAAGCACUGCUGCCCAAGGGACAAACGCGGUCGCAGGGAGUGGUAGUAUUAUACUAUAUAUAAUAUAUCUAUCUGAUGAUCUUUGUAGUGCAGAUUUUCAUACUCGAUAGCUGUGGCGCAUCAUGUUGUCCACCUUCGACACCCAGACCACCUCGCUUCUCUAGAAUUAAUUGGAAGCUCAAGGCACUCACUAGGUAGGGUAAGACGAGGCUUGUACUACGGUGAAGAUGGCAGCCGUAGAUGUGAACUUCAAGAUUGGUUUUCAUUCAUGAAACCACAGGAGAUAUUGUUUGACAUAUGGCCAGGUUCCCCCGGUGACAAAACUGGGCCGCCCGGAGGAGAGCAGAAGCAUUUUCUACGGUCCCUACUACGUCCCGAAGGCUCUAUUUCUCCAACAAGAAAAGUGAUAGAGAAAAUUGAGCAGGCACAUGGCAGUGUGACCACUCUGGAUCGAGAACUGUCAUCCGUUCUUUGCUCACAAGAAGCAAGUAGACAAGUGGCUUUAGAAAGGAAAAGCAAGAUUAUCGGUGAUUUGUUGCGAGUGUCUUCUAGUACUAGUGGUGGUGGGAGCAAUGUCGAACCAAGUAGUGGAGGAUCAUCUGCUUUCACUACUAGUCGUGGUGGUGUACAACAUUCAUGGUCGAAACAAGGGCUGACGAAUAGGAACAAAAACAAGCGUAUUUUUGGGGCUCAUCUUCCUCCAGACAACAUAAAAGAUAAUAGUAGUAGUAGUACUAGCAGCGUGACACGGCAGCACAAAAAAGGUGGGACAACUUCUACUACUUCCGGUAAAGAUACGCAUCAACACCGACAACAUCAAACAUUUGCACCAACAGCUCCUUCGCUGUCGUCGAAGACUCCUAGGGGAAACGGGAGCCCAUCCAUGGCACCAAGGGCAAAAUGCUCCUCGUCGUUGUUGCGGACGGCUAGGGUGGCGUCUGAGAAACAGUUUUUGGCGGAAUUUCUAUCACCCGAACUGAAAAAGCAGGUCAAAGUCUAUCAUGAACUACUACAAUAUGCAGCAGUUAACCUGGACACGCGGUUAGAGGGCGGCCAAGCCGCGGGACAUGCGCACACGGCCACGCCUCGAGGACAGGCUCUUCUCAACAUUUAUGACGUAGCGUCAUUUGAUUUUAUUUUUAACGAUAAAGGUAAUGCGUAAUGCAGUAGUUAGCUGGUGAUAAGUACUCAACUUGACCUCACCUUUCAAGCUUGCUAUACCGGCAUCUGAUCAAUCCCAAAAUUGCUGGUCGGAAAUACUCGUUCAAUAAAUUCGGUUUAGCAGCUUUUUUUCCAGUUUUGACUUCUUCUGGUCAGAGAGUGAAAAAGCACGCUAGCAUAAAAAUUUCAACUAAGAUCAAAAUUGUAGCCAUGAUGACGGUCAUCCCAAGUGUGGGAAGUAGUUAUCUUCCUUCUUCAUGUGCAGCAAAGCAGACAGUAUGAUGCUGUGAGUUUUUCCUUGGAAUUCUGGCGGACGCUUUUGGAGCGAGGUGAGUGUCUCAAUCAGCAGAGCUACGCCUCCCUGCGCGCUCAGCUGGCUUCUGAUAUACAGGACGCGCAAGACGAUUUUGGAAAAGAGUCGUGCCUUGUGGAAAUUCUAAGGCGGAUGGCAGAAACAACAUCGUCCGUUGGUGCUCAUGCUUUGACAUGACAAGAGAACAAGUCCAAAUGUUGGUAGCAGUGUUGGAGGAACGACGUCUUCUGCGCUAUUCGCAUGGAUUUGCGAUUGCGGUCGGGGUUGCGAUCUUCUAUUACCAAGCCUAUUCGGGGUGGAUGUCAAGUUGAUAGUACCGUGGUAUACGUGCACGUAGAUAUCUAUUAGAGCAAGGGCCAUAUUCGAGGGAAAUUCCUUUUCGGGCACAUCCAUAUGCAUUGAUUUAUGUUCUAGUGUUUCAAGAUUUGCAGCUGUAUAGGUAAAGUUUUGAACUUUGCGUGCAAGUAGUGUACCAAGAGAGAACAGUGAUCUCGAAAGCUUUUCAAGUAUUCGGUAGUGUUUCGGUUUCGCUCAGUUUCGCAUUAUAUACUUUGCGUCGGAUGCACAAACGACCAUCAUUUUGGGUUUCUGGCUUCGUGUUUCUAGUUAUUUGCAUACUAUUCAUGGUUUCUUGCAGCAAGCACACGAAAAAGCGAGCGAAGGUUUGGCGACUUGCUUUUGCUCCAUAGACAGCCAUAUUUCUUGGCAAAGUCUUAGGAAC